AUGAUAAAUUUAGGAACAAGAAAAUGGAAUAGAGCAAGCUUAAGGACUUGAAGAAGUUAUUCGACUUAUAGUGAUAUCACCGUAGUCGGGAACGACACAGCAGGAAUUGCCACAAUUGCUGCUCUCCUCAAGACCGAGCUCUUUCAGCCAUCUAAAUCCCAUAAAAGGAUAACUUUGGUCCACAAAGCUCCCUUUCCCUCAUCCAGCGACUACAAUAACUCCGAUAUUCAAAAGAUCCCUGAUCAGGACACACCUCAGUACUUCUCAAGACAAAACCCCAUAACCACUAUUAACUUCAGCACUCUCCAGUUCCUUCAUUCCCUUGGUGCUCUGGACAAAAUGAACCAUAAAUUAAUAACACCCUACAAGAAGUUGUUCGUCAACGAAAUGUUCGGCAAAAGCUAUGUGUCCUUUAAUGAUCAAUUAAUUGACCAGGAUUUCAUCUCACAGUUCAAACAGAGGGUGUAUAAUGAGACACUAUCUUCUCAUGAUUAUAACUAUUUUGGAAAAAACUCUCUAGGUGCAUCAGUCGAAAGGAAUCAUAUUCAAUCUAUUCUGUAUGAUAUGGUGAGAGACGAUGAAAAAUGAGAAGUCAUUCAACAAGAAAUUAAGACUAUCCGUCCAGGUAAGGAUGAAUCAACAAGUACGAUUGAACUUCAAGACGGCCGGAUUAUUAAAACAAAGCUUAUUAUUGGAAAUGAUGGAGAGAACUCAUAUGUCAGAGAGGCUCAUGAUAUUGAAUCUACUUCACAUCCUUAUGGCCAGCAGUGUAUCACCAGAACUUUAAUCCAUGAAAGGAGUUUAGAAGGAUGCUAUCAAAGAUUUUUACCCACAGGCCCAAUAGCCUUAAUGCCUUUGUGGGGCAACUACUCUCAACUUGUAUGGUCAGCAUCUGAUGAACUCGCAGAAGAGUUGAUAAGCAUCCCUGAUGAAGCCUUCUUUGGUGAGGUUAACAGAAAAUUUUAUGAGGGAUCUAAAUAUGAUUUUGGAAGAUACUCUGAAAUCUUACCGAACUUUUGGCCAAGAGAUAAUUACGAGAUGCCUCCAUUAGUAGUCAACUCCAACGAAGCCUCUCAGUUCAGACCGAGAGCAUAUGAUUUGAAGUCUCAGAGUGCUAUUCAUCAUGCUGAUACCCGAGUUGCAUUGAUAGGGGAUGCUGCAAUGAAGUUGCACCCAAUAACAGCUCAUGGUUUUAAUCUCAACAUCACAUCUGCUGCAAUCUUAGCCAAUGAGAUUAUCAAACAGGCUAGGUGUGGUGGAGAUAUUGGGAAUUAUCCAUUUUGCUUAAAGAACUAUGCUCAUUUGUCUAAACUUAACGAGCUACAGGCCAGAGCUUUGGUUGAAGCAUUUAAGAAGGGAUUCCAAGAUACCUUCUUCGGCAAUGAGAAAGUUGGAAAAGCUCUCUCCUUUGUCAGAAACAUUGGCUUAGACAUACUUGAGGUAAACCCUAUGCUAAAAUACGAUCUUGCUUUCAUCUCAGCUGGGUGAAUCAAUCACCCACUCAAAUAUCAGUGGACUGAGGAGUUGUAAAUUCUAGAAGAAUAUUUGGAUGGGAAAAUUCAAUA